AUGAAUCCUACAAGUCGCGCUUCAUGCCUUUAUUUUCUUUUAUUUCAUUUUAUUCUGAAUAAUUAUUCUCAUGCUGCACCUAACCUUGGACCCUUCAAAUCCGAUAUUUCCAUACCGGCUCUAUUUGUGUUUGGAGAUUCUUGGGUGGAUAGUGGAAACGGAAAAUAUCUGAACAAUUCAGAUCCAUCUUCUGCAUAUGGUGUGGAUUUUAAAGAAGGUCAACAGAGUAGGGCCUCUAAUGGAAAAACUAUGGCAGAUUUUAUUGCUCAAACUUUCGGAUUGCCAUUUCUUCCACCUUAUUUGAGUUUGAACAAAUCAGAAAGCAUUCAAUACGGGGCCAACUAUGCAUCUUCUGGCUGUGGCAUUCUUCCUGAAACAAACAAAUAUGUAUAUGCACGUUGCAUGGAUUUGGAUGAACAAAUCAAAUUGUUUGAGAGUUCCUUGAAGAAUUUAAGAACUUCUAGUGACUUGUCAAAAUCUCUUAUGUUCGUCAAUAUGGGACAAAACGACUUGGACCUCAACCAAGACUUGAGAAAAAAUGAUUCUCUAGAUGCGGGAAAAUAUGUGGCCGAAUCAUUAUCUAAACGAUUGCAGGAAUAA